CAGCGCGAAAAAUAAAAUCAACAUUGAGUCUACUGGGAGCGUUUUAGUAAGUUCAUAACCAUGCUUAUGCCGGUUGUUCUGGCGACGGUCUGCCUUGCCAGCAGCACGGUCUUGGCUGCAUUUAACAAACCAUUCUACGACGUGGAAGACGCUGAAAACCUGUUCAAGGACUUUGUCAAAGAGCACAAGAAAGUAUACAAUCGAAGAGAAUAUUUUGAAAGGCUUGAGAUUUUCAAGGAAACCUUAAAAGACAUAAAUGAGAGAAAUGCCAUGUUUCCUGAUACUAUAUUUGCACUAAACCAUUUUUCUGAUCUCAAGCCUCUUGAGCUGCAACACUACCUUGGUUUAAAACCCUCAAAUGGAACCAUAAGGAAAGUGAAAAUUCCCAAUAGGUCAUAUCCUAUCCCUGAAGAAUUUGACUGGAGGCACCACCACGCGGUUUCACACGUUAAGAACCAGAAAACAUGUGGUAGUUGCUUUAUCUUCAGUGCUAUUGGCAAUAUUGAAGGGCAGUACGCUAUCAAACAUGGCAAAUGCUUAGCCCUGUCCGAAGGACAGGCCCUUGAUUGUCUCGAUUGUGGAACUUGCUCUGGAGGCUCGCCGGCUGAUGUAAUGGGGGAAUUAGUAAAGAAAAAUUUAGAAAAAGAAGAACACUAUCCGUAUAACCCUGUUAAAAGAGACUGUAAAGAAGACUAUAAUAAAGGAGUUGUACAGAUGACGGGAGAAAUCUUACAAUUAGAUGUUGAAAAAGAAAUGGAUUUGAGGGGUUAUUUGGUACAUUUUGGACCUCUGUCAAUUUCUGUAAACUCCAAAGACUUUUUUCAUUAUAAUGGCGGUAUAUUGGAACCUAGUAAGUGCAAAGGCCUACUGGCGGACCAUGCUGUGCUCUUGGUGGGAUAUGGAGAAGAAAACGGCAAAUUGUUCUGGACAAUUAAAAACUCAUGGGGCGCGGGUUGGGGUGAAAAAGGCUACUUGAGACUUUCAAGAGAAGGCAAUGCAUGCGAUAUUUUCGUCCAAGUCCUAACAACUUCCAUACGUACUACUGUCAUGUUUCUACCAACAAUCUGGGUGGCGGUCUAUUUCGUCAACAAUGCCGUCAUUGCUGAUGUCUCUCACAUUGAAAAACCAUUUUACGAAUUAAACGACGCCGAAAAUCUCUUCAGAGAUUUUGUGAAGCAGCACGGCAAAAAAUACGAUCGAAGAGAGUAUUUUGAAAGACUCGAAUUUUUCAAGGAAACCUUAAAAGAUAUCAACUGGCAAAACGAGAUGUUUCCUAAUACUGUGUUUGCUGUGAAUCAUUUCGCUGAUUUAAGGCCUGAGGAGCUUCAGCAAUAUAUCGGUUUUAGGCCAUUAAAUGGAACAGUAAAUAACGUUUUUAUCCUUAAAUCUGAUGGGCCAGUCACUGCACCUGACACACACGAUUGGAGACAACAUGGAAAAGUAUCACACGUCAAAGAUUCAGGGCAAUGCGGCAGCUGCUUUAUCUUCAGCGCUAUUGGAAAUAUUGAGGGCCAGUACGCUAUGAAACACGAACAAUGCUUGGCUCUCUCCGAAGGACAAGCUCAUGAAUGUGGUCAAGAUGGGGAUCCUGAUGAAGUCAUGAAUGACCUUGCUCAAAGAUGUCCCAAUGGAAAAGCAGGAAUCAUGACCGAAGCUGAUUAUCCUUACGAUGAUUCAGAACCACCUUGCCAUGAAAACUGCGGUAAGGCUGUAGUCAAAGUGUUAAAAGGCGAGAGAAUAGAUGUUCUUGACGAAAACACGCUUAAACAGAAGUUGUAUGAUAUCGGGCCUUUGUCAGUCGGUUUAAAUGCCGUCGACUUUAUAUAUUACGAAUCUGGUAUUCUGGAACCUAACAGGUGCAAAGGCAAAGAUCCUAAUUACGCCGUCCUCUUAGUAGGAUAUGGAAAAGAAAACGGUACACCGUUUUGGAUAAUCAAGAACGCUUGGGGAGCGAAAUGGGGCGAGAAAGGCUACGUGCGCUUGCGUCGGGGCGUCAACGCGUGCAUGAUGGGCACCUCCUACACGGCCACCGCUACUGUGGCUUAAGAAUU